AUGAGCGACACCGAAAUCAAGCAAGAAAUCGAGCAGGAGGUUGCCAUCCCUACGCGUGACACCAGAAAGCCAUCUACCAAGAGCGAUGAUGGGUUGGACAGAAAGACGUUGUUCGUGCGGUCUGUGCCGUUCGAGACCACUUCAGAGGAGCUUUCCAGUUUCUUCUCGCUGUUCUGUCCGGUUAAGCACGCAGUGAUCGUCAAAGAUGAGGCGCAAAAGUCUAGAGGGUUUGGUUUCGUCAGUUUUGGUGAGGAGGAGGACACUUUGAUCGCGUUGACCGAGGCAAAGAAGAACAAGUUCAAGGGCAGAAUGUUGCGUGUGGACGUGGCCAAGAGAAGAGACCGUAAGGCCGCUACGGACCCAGAGGCUGUGAAGCCAGCCAAGGAGGUUGUGGAAAAGAGAAAAGCCCGGUUAAUCAUCAGAAACUUGCCAUGGUCUGUGCGUUCGCCAGACGACUUGAAGAAGAUUUUCGGCAGAUACGGUGCUGUUGCCGAUGCGUACAUUCCGAGAAAGGACGGGGGAAAGAUGAGUGGGUUUGGUUUCGUGACGAUGAAGAAGGACGUUGCUGCCGAGAGGGCCAUCAAGGAGUCUGUGGGAUUGAAGAUUGCCGGUAGAGAGGUUGCUGUCGAUUUUGCCAUUGAAAAGUCCAAGUGGGAGACCGCCAUUCAGGAGGGCAAGGUUGCCGUUCCAGAGAUUGAAUCCGAGGAAGAAGAAGAGUCUGAAGCGUCUGACGAUGAAGACACUGAAGGGAACUCUGACGAAGACACUUCGGACAUGGAAGAUUUGGACAAGUUGAAUGAUAUCGAAAACCAGGAUGAGGAUGUGGAGGAACAACCAGAGCCAGCCAAACCAAAGGAAAACAGACAGGAAGCGUGGUCAAUCUUUGUCCGUAACGUGCCAUACGACGCCACCCUGGAGAGUUUGGUCGAACACUUUGAGAAGUUUGGUACCGUCAAGUACGCACUUCCAGUCAUGGACAGAGAAACCGGGUUGGCCAAGGGCACUGCCUUUGUAGCUUUCAAGGAUGAGGAUGCCUUCGUAAACUGUCUUGAGAACGCGCCAGCCGGUGCCUCGACCUCGAUGUUGAUUGCAGAUGACGUUUCUCCAUUGUAUGUCUACGAGGGGCGUAUUCUCUCGAUAACCUCUACUGUUGAUAGAGACUCCGCCUCCCGAUUGACACUCAAGAAUACCGACAAGAGAAAGGAGUUAUUGGGUAAAGCGCCAGGCGCCAAGGACAGGCGUAACUUGUUCUUGUUGAACGAGGGUCGUAUUACCGAGAAUUCCAAGUUGGCGGAAUUGAUCUCCGCCACGGACUUGGGUCUUAGAGAAAAGUCCUACAACAUGAGAGUGCAGCAGUUGAACAAAAACAACACACUCCACUUAUCGUUGACCAGAUUGGCCAUUAGAAACUUGCCAAGAGCGAUGAACAACAGAUCCUUGAAGGCGUUGGGGCGCAAGGCGGUGGUCGAGUUCGCUAAGGAGGUCAGAGAGGGCGUCAGACAGACAUUGUCCAAGGAGGAAGUCAUCCGCUCCACUAAGGCGAAGUACGAGUUCGACGGUACCGAUUUCAACCCUAAGAAGCUCACCGAGGCCCAGGCGAAAAAGUCCAAAAAGAUGGGUGUGGUGAAACAGGCGGUGGUGAUCAUGGAAAUUAAGGGCUCCGGUGAGGCCGGAAGAUCCAGAGGGUACGGUUUCAUCGAGUUCAGAGACCAUAAGGCCGCAUUGAUGGGUCUUAGAUGGUUGAACGCCCACGAGGUGUCUGCUGAGGAGAUUUUGGAGGGCAUGUCCGAGGAGGAAACCAAGCUUGCUCAGUUGGAGGGUGUCUCCAAGAGAAGAUUAAUCGCGGAAUUCGCGGUGGAAAAUUCCCAAGUCAUUAAGAGAAGAAGGGAAAAGGUCUACACGUCUCGUAACACUGGUGCCGCUGGUGCAGAGGCCAAGAGAAAGCGUGAGGAGAGCGAGGGCCAGCAUCAGGGCAGAGUCGGGUCCGACAAGAAGUUCAAGAAAGACGACAACAGAGGCAAGAAGACCGGGAAGCACAACAACAAGAGAGGAAACAUGAACAAGGGUGCGCCAAAGGGUGCCAGACCAGCCAAGCCAGAGAGUGCCAAGACGGGCAUCUCCGAGGAGCAGAAGAAACUCAUCGGAAUUAAGCGUAAGAGAAAGCAGCAGAAGGGGAAAUAA